AUGGGCUCCCGGCACUUCCCGGCGCGGACCGUGCUCUUCGAGAAGGAAUCCAGCGGUGUCACCUAUCGUGUCCCCGCCCUGCUCUACCUGCCCUGCGUGGCCAAGCUGCUGGCGUUCGCCGAGGAGCGCCUCAGCGCCGACGAUGCCCACGCCAACCUGCUGGUGCUGCGCCGCGGCUCCAUCUACGGCAGCUACGUGGAGUGGGAAGACAUGCGUGUGCUGGAGACGGCAACGCUGCAGCACCACCGCUCCAUGAACCCCUGCCCGCUCUACGAUGAGUUCACGGGCACCCUCUUCCUCUUCUUCAUCACCGUGCUGGGCAGGACGCCUGAAGCCUACCAGAUUGUCACCGGCCAAAACGUGACCCGCCUGUGCUGUGUGACCAGCGCUGACCAGGGCCUGAGCUGGAGCACAGCCACAGACCUGACACAGCAGGUCAUUGGUGCCACCAUCAAAGACUGGGCGACGUUCGCGCUGGGCCCGGGGCACGGGAUCCAGCUGCGCUCGGGCCGGCUGCUGGUGCCCGCCUACAGCUACCACAUCGACUGCAAGGAGUGCUUCGGGCAGCUCUGCAAGACCACCCCGCACUCCUUCGCCUUCUACAGCGACGACCACGGCCGCGCCUGGCGCUUCGGCGAGUUCAUCCCCAACCUGCAGUCGGGCGAGUGCCAGCUGGUGUCCGUGGAUGAGGAGGACGGAUCCAACGUGCUCUACUGCAACGCCCGCAGCCCGCUGGGCUUCAGGGUGCAGGCGCUGAGCACGGACGACGGCGCCGUGUUCCACGGGGGGCAGCUGGUGCAGCGGCUGGUGGAGCCGCCCCACGGCUGCCACGGCAGCGUCAUCGGCUUCCCCGCGCCGCUCGUGUACGUCCCCGCCGCCUCCCGGGACCCCGGGGCGCCCUGCCGGGGCUCGGGGUGCCGGCUGCUCCCCGCGGCGCUCCGGGGCUUUGGGCACCCGCACACGCGACAGGCAGGAGAUGCUGAGCUGCCCGCUGGCAGCCACCGUGAGCCCCGUGAGGGUUGUCCCACCGCAGGGCAUCACGGCGAUGCCCGCAGUGUCACCUUGGUGCAGGGGGACUCUGCAGCGAGCCCCAGCCCCGCUCCCUUCUUCCAAGCGCCAACGUGGAUCCUGUACUCGCACCCCACCAGCCCCAUGUCGCGGGUGAACAUGGGCGUUCACCUGAGCACCUUCCCCAGGGAUGCCGAGAGCUGGACAGAGCCCUGGGUCAUCUACGAGGGCCCGAGCGCCUACUCGGACCUGGCGUACCUGGAGCUGCCGCAGCGGGACGCGCCGGUGGCCGGCGGCACCGCCACCGCCUUCGCCUGCCUCUACGAGAACGGCAUGAGGUCUCCCUACGAGCAGAUCUCCUUCAGCAUGUUCACGCUGCACGACGUGCUCCAGAACAUCCCCCUGACAGCCGCUGCUCCCCCGCGGCCCCGCGGCGGCAAGAGGAGGAGGAGGAGGAGGAGCUGCUUCAUCUCCUAG